GAGUGGUGCGCAGUGAAACACUUCGGUGCUGUUCAUUAUUUCUCUACCGAUCUCCCCUUCUUUAUUCCCACAUUCCUCGUCUCGCCUCCACCCGGGCAGGACAUGGAGGUGACAGACUCGUGUCCCGUCUGCCUGGAGUCAUGGGACAAGACGGCCCACACACCUAAGUUUCUCAGCUGCCACCACACCCUCUGCCUCGGCUGUGCGACCACUCUCUUCAAAAAUGCCGUCGCUGAAGAAGGAGGAGGACUUGGGGAGGAGGGAGAUUGGCAAGGGAGAAGGGGAAGAGGAAGAGGAGGGUUUGUACAGAGGAUGAGAGGAGGCAGUCCCAGCGAGGAGGUCCCUUCCCCUUGGUCUCCUACAUCGAUCCCGAGGAGAUUCAUGCAAUCCCGAGCGCCAGUUAGCCAUCGGGACAGCAUCGUGAGCAUCCCCUGCCCCAUGUGUAGGUCCUCCACGCUCGUCAGGGACCCCAACAGCCUGCAGACCAACUUCUACUUGGGAUCGCUCCGUCGCACCCCCUCCGUCCCCAGGUUAUUAUUAUGGUGUGAGACUUGCGACGCCAUCGCCGAGCCAGCCUGCGGGGCCCACAGCGUCCAUCCCCUGCCAGACCGAGUCAAGUCUCUUAAGGACGAAUUGACGUCAACCAGCAUCAUCUUCCUAGAGGACAUGUACUCCGUCCUGGCCGAACAGCACCGCCACCUGAGGAUGUACAAGUGGCUCUGCGCCCUCCUGAACAGCGCCAAGGACCAGGUCAAACAAACCUUCGUGAAAAAUAAUGAUAAUUACAAUAUAACUCGAGAAAGGAUACAAAUUCUUCAGCAAAUGCUCGACGAGUGCGAGGCCGUCUGUGCCAAAGUUGAAGAUGAAGAGAAGGUAACAGAGUUGUUGCGUCUCCAAAUGACUCUACGGGCGUAUGACUCCUCUUGGUACGGAGGAGAUCAAAGAGGAGAAGAGGAGAGAGAAGGGAAAGAGGAAACAGGAGGAGAGAAGAAGCGAAGGAGGAUUUCCCUGCCCGUUAUCCAAAACUUGUUCUACAUCCACAGCGACAUCCAGCCUCCCGAUAACUUUCAAAAUGCGCACGUUAUCUUGGAGUCGAGCGUCAACGGCGCUACGCUCUCCGUCGUAACCAAGUAUGAGAUCGAGAAAGAGGAAGAAUCGGGAGAGGAAGAGAAGAGCGGGCAGACGGAGGUGGAUGGCCUGAGGCGCUCUUCGGGGCAGCAGAACCACAAAAAGAGAGACGACAACAGCUCCUUGUCGUUCUCGGUCACAGACAUCGCGCAUCGACGCCUAAGACCGUCUAGGUCGCUAUCGACGCCUGCUGGGAUGUGUGGAACCCUUCCAGUGUUUCCCAAGGCCCCUUCGGGUAGUCACAGAGGCGCACAGACCGUAAAUCUGGGAACAAACACCAUGCCUUCCAGCCGACGAGGAGGUCUUUCGACCGAGACUCUCAAUACUGUGGGUGUUCCUGUCCCUGCUCCUCGUGCCCCUUUGCCCGUUCCCUCCUCCAUUGUCGCGUCCCAGGGCAGGUAUCCCGAGCUGGUCCUCAGGGACCCCCAGCUCGCUUCAUCUAUCGGCGAGGAGACGCGGCCGUCACGAGAGGAGCAGGAGUCCCUCUUCCCCGAUGCCCUGUGGCGCGAGGCUUCCUGUACGCAAGCACCCCCCCUUCCGCCACGGGCGUCAGAGCUCAAUGCUGUGAGUUUCUUAGAAUCUCGAGGAGAACCGUCGUUUCAGCAUGGGGAUGAGGCUCCAAGUAAUAUUUCGGAAUUCCUUGAAGAGUCACCAUACCCCGCGCAUAUGGAGCCGCAAGCUAGACCCCACAGAAGGCGCAGGAGACCGAGUCGGAGGCCGGAGGAGCAGAAUCGCGGAAGACGGCGACGGGGAAAUGCGUGCGUUAUCGUUUAACCUGUCUACCAUCCCUUCUCUCUCACGCGUGGUAAACAUGCUAAGAAAGUACUGUGUCCUGUGGAUGUGGAUGUUAUUACAUAUAGGUAACAUUAUUUGUGGAUGUUAAGUAAACUAGCGUUCUUGGUGUCUAUACUUGAGCACCGUUAGAAUAAAUUAUGUAAAUCCAUCUUCAGAAAUAAUAGAUACUUUCAAAAAUAAAAUAUAUAUACGGUUAUUAUUUUCUACUGAAAGAAACUGUGGUUUGAAAUACAAGAAAAUAUUUUCAGAACUUAUGCGGUUUAAAUAGUGCGUUAAUAGUUUUGCUUACUUGAGCUUGUGAUUUGGUUAUCGUACAUCUGUUUAAUGUCAGUUUGUUUCUAUAUAAAGAUGGCUAUAUUCCCUUUUUAUACAUUCACCCAAACUGUAUUCCUUAUUUCAAUACAUCAUAUUCAUGUUGACAAAUGUAGAAAAGACAUGAAGGAGAAUUAUAUAAUCAAAUACAUGGAUUGUAUUGUCUUGUAUUGUAAAGAUAUUAAUUCUCAUUCAUACCUUUUCUACAUUCCAUAUAGCAAUAUUGCCGUUGUGCCUAAAAUAAAGUUUUAACACUCACACUAUGUUUUCGUAAGCUCACUAAAUUAAUUU